AUGGACAAAGACCAAGUGGCGACGAAGCUGGAGGCUGUUAUGGAGGACAUUUCUGGAGCUGAUGCACAGCCCCAAGAGCCGCAACCACAAUACCAUUCCCUUCCCACCGUCGCGGAGACACAUGAUGCCUUCUUUCCAGGAGACCGUGAUGUCGAAGCAGCCCAGCAGGAACCUGAUCCACCAACGCCACCACAGCGCGCACGGCCAGACGUAGCCGCUGAAGAUCUACAACUGGGCAGCCAUGGCGACGACCAAAUCCAGCAGCUGCAGCUUGCAGCGCAGAUGUCGCAAGCCCUGCAAGGGGUGGUCGGUAAUUCUGCUGUCACUGAGGACAACAGCUAUCAGUCUCAGCGAGCAGUUGAUCUCGAGGAGAGCCUGCAUCAGCUGCGGGCUGAACAGUCAGACUCAGAGAUGCACAGUCGGGAACACAGUCUUUCUGAAAGCCACAUCUUGCCGCCUGAUGUCUCUGCGGAGAAUAUGCAGUCGACUGUACAGCAGGAGCUCCAGCAGACCCUGCAGCAAGCCAUACAACAUGCCGAGUCGAGACAAGAUUCUGAAUCUCACCACACGGCCCAGUCACCGUUCCCACCGCAUGCCCAUGCCCAAGCCCAAUACCUGGAGACCCCGCAACCACCUACCCUCGCUCCAGCUAUACCCGCCAGCGGAACACAGUCGCAGUACACACUUGCUGAUGUGACGCCGCCUCGGAAACGGUCCAAAGUUAGUCGAGCCUGUGACGAGUGCCGCAGGAAGAAGGUCAAGUGUGAUAGUAUGACCGAGAACGGCGACGAGGCCUGUUCCAACUGCCGUCGUUCGAACGUCCGAUGCAUGUUCAGUCGUGUGCCUCAGAAGAGGGGUCCUAGCAAAGGGUAUAUCAAGGAACUCGCCGACCGCAUCAACUCUAUUGAAGGCAAACUUGGGGGCCAGACCGCGGCAGAGGCCCUGGCUGGAGAACUGGUGGCCAGAGGGAGCAUCGGGGAGACUUAUUCUGCUUUUGCGCAGCUGGAGGACUCUCGCAAGCGGCCACUUUCUCAAAUUUCUGGCGGUAAUAUCCCAACCCCGACGCCAAAUCGACCUGUCAUUCCACAGCAGACAUCGUACUCAGCCAGUGGACUUGCUCUCAAGCCUAUCCUGCCGCGAACAAGCAUUGGUACCCCUCAGAGUCGAUCUCUUGAUGUCGAUGGCACGACGCUCCACCGACAGGUCCCUCAGCCCGCUCCUGUGGCUCCGGGCAUUGAGGAGAACGUCUAUACCUCAUACUUUUACAUUGUUCACCAUGUGCUGCCGUUUCUUCCCGGUUCAAGAGAGGCUAUGGCUUCACGGCUUACGCUCUGCAGUACCACGCUGCAGAAUGCCUUCAUCGAGGCGCUCAACUCCACAAUGGGGUCUUUCGAGGCUGUUCAGAAUGUUCAUGGCCGUCUCGUCACGGCCAAUCGCCUUCUUGCGGAAUUCGACGCUGAGGGUGGCAAGCACGCACAGGUCUCAGACCUUGUCUAUCUACAAUGCCUCAUCCUCAUGAUCAUCAACGUUGACAAUCUCGGCAUCUCGUCUCUGUCCCGAGAGCACGAAGGGCCUGCCAAGGUCUCGCUACUCGGUCGAGCUGCUGGUCUGGCAUACGCCAUGGGUAUACCACAAGAGGCGAUGACCCUGUGCACCACGGCGGGCGAUGAACCAGACGAGUGCAUCCGAGCUCGUGCUUGGUGGACCCUUGUUGUGCUGGACCGAUGGAAUGCCAUAUCGACAGCGACGCCUCUGGUCAUCUCGAGCGACACAGUGGUUCUGCCACACAACCUCAGGCCGAUCCUUGGGGAGGUCAACUACCGUUUCAGUUUGCUCGCAUAUAUCAUCGGACAUUGGUCGCCCGCCUCGAUAACUGCCCCUCUGCAUUCGACACCAGGCUCGGGCACCGUGGCUUCAGCUACUUUCCACCUGAACAUGGAGAUGUGGCGUGCUCACUUUCCUGGUGACAUCUCACCUCAUCUGGAGCCCGUCCUCCACCUCUCCUACUGGCACUGCCGACUGCUCGCCUUCUUGUUCAUGCCUUCAGCCCUGAUUACAGACGUUACCUGGGCCGUUAGAGAAUCAGUCCGCCUCCUCACUUCGCACGCCCAGAUGAUCAGCCCACUGAACCACCACUUCACAUCGUUGACUACGCUCUGCUUAAUCGAAAUGACCAAGAACGAGAGGUCACGCGAAGAGGCAACCCAGCUCCUCAGGAAUCUUCUCGACGCCAACAUUUCCCCUUCGACAUGGGACGACUCGAUCCGCGCCAGGAUCCGCGCUACCCUCUCCCCGUCCACAAGCUCUGCCGCCGCUACUGAGUCUACGGCGAGCCAAAACCUUCAACAGCUUGCAGAUCUCGCAACCGCCGCCGACAUCCCGGGAGCCACUACCAAUAACAACGACAACAACAACACAGCUGCUAUCUCCGACCUUGCCCCCGACACCCCUGCAGAAAGACCCGAGGAUGAGCCCAAAUUUCGCACGAGCGACGACUAUGAAGACCUUGGUUUCGACCCACGGCCGCUGUUGCGCGCAGGCUAUCUCAAUGUUAUUGCGCAGCCUUCUCACUAG